CCAUGUGAACAGAAUACAAGGGAGACGACAAUGAAAAAAAAAAUAACGAGACAUAUGACUGUCACGUGAUAAACCAGUAAACUCAAAAUGGAGUCCGAAGAGAUGGGUUACACUGCUCCAUACCAACAAUGGUUAGAAAAGUAGACGCCUUGCUUUUUGUUCAUUCACUGAAGGAGGAAAUAACUGACUGUGAAACCGAACUUGCCAUUCACUGACACAAAUAUACUGUGGAUGAUGAUGACUUGUUUUUCUUCCCAAGCAGCUAUAAAAUAUGGUUUGAUCCUGAUUGCCUUCAUGUUCACCAGCAAUCUCUGUCAUGUCACUUUGCUUGAGUUUGAGUUCUCUCCAAACUGCAGCACACACUAUAACACGUGUGACGUUUGUCUGCAUGGAACCUUUGCUAAUGAAAGUACAGAGUCGUGCUUCUGUUGCACGGGAAGUGGGAACCCUCUGGGCAUGUGUGUAAACGAGUCGUUUUGUACUCUCUGUCCUGCUGGCCAGUACCAGCCUGGUGAAGGACGUGCCCACUGUGAAUUCUGCCCGCAAGGACAGUCCACAUCAAAUGAAAAAGGCAGCACAGCCUGUACGCCUUGCUUGCCUGGGCAUUUUGCUGAGCUGGCAGGAUCUGCAGACUGCACCCCGUGUCCUGCAGGUGAGGCUGUCAAUACUGAAGAGGCCAGUAAAUGCUUCCCUUGUGACCCUGGGUUUCACCAGCCAGACACAGGACAGCCAGACUGCUUGCCUUGUGGCAAAGGCCACUACGCUAACGGAACAGGACAUGUGAACUGUUCAGCUUGUGAUGAAGGCUAUUUUUGUAGCAGGGAGGACUGCACAGAAUGUAUGCCUUGUCCGAAGGGACAGUACUCUAAUACCACGGCUAGCGCUGAGUGCACCAAGUGCUCUCCGGGUUCUCAGCAGUCUAAAAAAGGAGGAACAACCUGUAAUCCUUGCCCUCCUGGUUUUGAUGCAAAAGGGACAGGAGCCUUUAACUGCUCUGGAUGCCGAGUCGGCACUUUCAAAAAUGAAAGUGGCUUCAGUCUGUGUGAGGACUGUUCUCCAGGGCAUUUCGCAGGCAAGGUGAACAGCACCUCCUGUGAUGAGUGUGAGGAGGGAUACUUCCAGGACCGGCCGGGCAAGGGAUCCUGCUGGCCUUGCGCAGUCGGAACAUACUGUGGUGAACCAGCGUGCGUUUCAUGUGAUGUGUGUGGAGCAGGGCAUGAAGCUGUCCACAUAGCCUCUACAAACUGCACAGCUUGUACGCCAGGAAAUUAUAAAAAAGACAAUGGGGCACAGUUGUGCAAAAAAUGUGCGCCCGGGACUUACACAGUCCUGUCAGGAUCAACCAAUUGUACUGUUUGCCCUGAAGGUUCUUUUUGUCCGCAAACGGACCGUCUCCCUGUCCCUUGCACUGAAGGUAGCUAUUGUCCUGAAGGAUCCACCUACCCCCACCACUGCUCGGCCCCAUUUUUCAAGAUUAACGAUGAAAGAGAUGGUUGUAAAACGACAACAGAAUUUAUCGCACUGGUUGCGAGUGUCAGUGUUGUGGCUGCCAUCAUUGCUAUCUUUGUGACAGUCAAGAUCGUGCGGUCAUGUCGUAAACACGGCUCACUGUCCUUCAGUGUGGAGAACAGUGAACGUCAGCCCCUGGCCUCGGUGGAAGUCAGUGGAAGCUCGAGCAACCCACCGGUCUACCAGGGAUUGUGAUGACCGCCGCAGUGCCGGCGUGUUGAGUGGCAGGGAAAGACAGGGCUAUUCCAUGGUAACUGACGGGAUAGAAAAAAUGCCUAAUUUGUCCCGCCAAAACUAAACACGUCACAGAAUUUGCAUAAAGAAUUUUUUUUUUUCAAAUGACUGCAUUUUAUAUGAUUCCUAAUGUCUUUCAGAAGUUCUGGUCAUUUAAAGUUGAAAUAAAUUAAUUGAUAUUGAAUUGCAGGCUUAUCAUUGUAAGGAAGUAUAGUCCAAAUGUCCUGUCAGUUACAGUGGAAUAGCCCUACAGAGUCUGAAGGGUGUGAAUAAGAAAAUUAGAAAAAGAAAAGGAAAUAUAACUUUGUUUUUCAAUGUUGAAAGAUUUGUACUGACAUGCAGAGUCUGAAGGUUGUGAAUAAGAAAAUUAGAUUGAUUGCUUUGUGUAAAACUUCGCCAUACACCAUUUGGAAAAGUGACGUACGAUGGAGUCUUAUACUGAGCAUUGGAGAUAAAGAAAAGAACAAUAUAACUUUGUUUUGUUUAUCAAUGCUCAAAGACUGUUAUAAUGACCUAUUGACAAAGACAGUUUGAAUUGUUCAAAAAAAUGUUAGUCAGUUUACUGGUUUCCACAGACGAGUGUCUCUGGUGACAUGGUUAGACCCUUUGCCCUACAGGCAAAAGAUGUCAGUUUGAUUCUCACUCUCGAAGUAUAUGUUAUUUAUAGUUUCUGCGUCUUUCAUCCCGACUGUAUCUCACACAGUUGAUGUUGGCUCUGGUCCCUGACACGCAGGGUUGAAGCAUCCUGCCUCCUAAAUUAUCUAGCUUGUGUCAGUGGGGGACUUCAAACAGUUGCUACUUAAAAUUUUACAACUGUUGGUGACCACAGUGCAGUACCUAAUUUUUUUUUUUUUUUAAAGCUUAAGUGUAUGCAUUUUGUUCAAGUAUGCCCUUGUGUGAGCUCUCAUCUAAAAGUGGUCACACAGAUAUUGCUUGACAUUCCUUAUAAUAACAACAGCAGUAAAUGUAUGAUUUAAAAAUGGUUUAUAAAAGGUGAAUGAAGAUCAGAGGUGGUAGAGAUAAACAGGGCAGGGGGAGGGGAGGGGGGCACUGGAUGGACAAGCCUGCUGAGCUGGCUGGAAUUAGGAAAUGCCUCCAGGAAUGUUUGCAUGCGGUGGUUGAUGAUUGAGAAGUGUGGGAGAUGUUGAUUUAUCCCCCUCGUCCGAGGACAUGGUGUGUGUGAUGAUGAUGGUGGUUGUGACCCCACUCCCCCGUGGUUGUUGAACAGAGGUUGUCUACUUGGCUGUUUCAUUGUUGACUGUACGGUGUGAUCUGUAAGCUGUACUCCUGGUGAAGUUUCCAUGACCAAUGAUUAUGAAGGUGUCCCCACCCGAUCUCCUUGUGAUGUGGUCGACAGGCUGCCACUUCUGUUGUUAGUGUGUUGAUUUUUCAGCCAUUUCAUUGCUCUCUGUGGGGUGAAAAGUGGAAUGAAUUCCUGCCCCAGGCACCGUAUGCUCGCUCUGGUUGUGCCUGAAGUUGUGAGUGAAUGGUUUCAACAAAGGUAUAAAUAAACUCUUUGUGCUUUUUACUCAAGGUUUGUGGCUUGAAAGAAGGGAGAGCAGAAUUCUGCUGGUUUAAAGCAGUACUCACACGUGAUUCUGGUGCAAAUAUUUUCCUGAUAUAUAAAAUACUCAAUGAAUUCCAGACACUUAGCAUUUUUGCUAGUGCAGCUCGCAAGGACCAUUUUUUCCCCAACUUAUGAAAACAAAAGUGCUAUGUUAUUUGUGUAUCAAAAGUUAGUCAGUUUCACUCUAAGUAGGUGACUAGAAAAAACAACCAUGCGUAUCUGGAGGUAACAUAGACUUUUGGAAUGUAACAUGAGUUUUAGUACAUGAAGAAAUGACUGAGUGUGUAUUUUGAGCAUCAAUGUGUAUGCAGACAUGACAUUUCACUUUCAUUUCUGUUAACCAUUUCUUAGCAUGAUGGCUGUACUCAUGUUUCCUUUCACGACGCCAGCAGAGUAGCAGAUGAAAUUAACAGGAAAAUCCCUUCACCUACUUCUAGUCUAGCAGUCUUUAACAAAUUUCCUUAAAUUAUGUAUGUACGUACCUUUUCAGGAAAUGAGAACGGUGGUGCUUCUGAGUUUUUUUGCAAUUUAGAACUCUCGUUUUACUCAAGCAUUGGGUUUGAGUAGUGUAUGUAGCAUGGGCUUUUCAUAAGUCAGAAGUUGUAGGGGUAGAGUUAAAAAGUUGGUAAUAAAAUAACAAAAGUAACUCAGCUAGACAUUGUCUCCAUAGCUUGCCUUGAGCGGCUCAGUUGUUGAGCGAAUAGAGAAGGUGUUGAUUUAUAUCUUGGCAACUUGUUACAUCAUGCGGGGAUAAGACAUGAAGAUUUGUUUUCAGCGAAUGCUUAUCUGACUAAAUGUUCCAUCUAAUGACAUUGGAGCACUUGUACAUUUUUAUAUUGAUAUUUCCAGGUUCUAUAUUUAUUCUGUAAUGAUCAGUGAUAUAGAUGCUAUUUAAAUUUUGUUUGUAUUUAAUGUUACUUACUCAUUCAUUUAUCUCUCACUCAAUCCUUUUAAUCUAUUUACUGCUUGCAUUUUUUUUUUCUCAGUGCCUCCUUUUUUUCAUUUGUGUGUAAAAACUUAUUCAAUUUAUUGGGGUCAGAACAAAAUGUUUAUUUUUCCCCUGAAUUUUAUUUUCUCUUCCAUAUGAAUUGUCAUAGCAUCAUGUUUAUUUUCACAUGCUCAAUUAUUGUGCCUGCAAUUUUGGUUGAAAGUUCAGGGAUUCUUUUGUAUGCUACGUUUCGUUCCUUUUUUUUUUUCCUGCCCCUUUAACCUUCUUUUGUCAUGUCUUCUUAGUGAUGUGUGAGAUUCAGUCCUAUUUUUUAAUUCCUUCCUGUUUGUACAAAGAUAUUUCUGUCCUGUUUGUGGAGUCAACUGUGAAAGAUGUAUGUUUAUAGGUUUGAUGCCGGUAUCAACGCUAUGAUAGCUUAUUUAUGAGGCGGGGCAUCCAAAUUUAAUAUCGGUUUCCAAUAGGGCAAGCCAAAUGGGUUGAGAGCCUUGAAAACCCACAAAAUGGUUCGAGUUUAUGUACACCCAGUUUGGGAUUUGAACCAGGGCCAUCUGCUUCCUAGUUCAGCAUGAUACCUAGCUAACGGAGUGCCCUGUGAUAGGUGGAGGACAAAGACUGCAAAGACUUUCUUGACAUAUGUCCAUGGUUUAGUGUCCUUGCCUAAAAAUGAGAACUGUGAACGUUUCAAAGUUAACCAAAACUGAUUUUGUUUUGCAAAAAGUUGAUCAGAAGCCCGUCAUGUCAGUGAGCUAUGAGAAUUUUGCUUGAGGUUUUUUUGAGAGUUUGUGGUUGCCUUCCUAUAAAGGUGUCACCCAAACUUGAACCGUUCACCCUUACAUCCCCAGUAUCAUAUAUUUCCUUCACGAGUUCUCAUUCCCCCAGGCUCUGUAUCUUAUAUUUCUCUCACAGGGUGCUGCCAAACUCAGAUGCAUAUUUAUAUCUUCUAAAACUUCAACUUCAAACAAAGAAGUAAAGAAAUUUAUUAAAAUAUCUGCCAAAAAAUUGCAGACACAAUCAGUAAUUGACUGGGCCCGAGGAGUCGAGAACUCCCUUCAGUAUUACCUGGCCUCUGUCCCUGUGCUGUAAGACUAUGUCUCGUUAUGUGCGACGCGAACGAUGAGUCGCUAGUUGUGUAACCUUUUGCGCGACAACAUUACACGCCGUGUCGACCGGCACUCCUUGGCUUGGUAUUUCGACUAAUGGUGAUGCUUGAAACCUGUUGCAUCUCCAGUCUGUCAUGUGCGAUGAGGUCUUGAUUGCUACAUGGACAGAUCGCUGGCGACAGUCGUGCGCGGCUAGACGUAGCGACGUGCGUAAGGAGACGCGUUCUUUAUAAUCUGAUUGAUUUUGGAGUAGCAAAGACCGUGUGGGAUGCUACAUUGUGUCAUGCAUUAGGAGACACACUCUAAGGGCUGAACUUCUACCUGUCACCACACCUGCUCAGUCAGUGAGCUUACCCAAAACAGAUUGGGACAUCAUUAGACAAGACUGUAAAAGGGGUGUGGGUGGUUGAUGGAUGCGCAGGUGUGGUUUAUUCCUUCUUUGCCAUCAAACAUCUAUCAUCCUUUGAUAUCUCCUGCUUCUUUUCUUUGUAUGUUACUCUCUAGUAACUCCUCUAACCCUCAGCACUUAUAUGACCCAUUUAUUUUGCAACUGCCGUAAAACUCUCUCUUAAACUAAAACUCACUCUUUUUUACAGCUUCUCCGUGGGGUUGCUGUCUUUCCUAAAGAAAAAUAUCGCCUGAGAUACUAAACUGGGUGUUGAUUGCUGAUAUUGAACAGUUCUCAAUUAUUGUGUGAUUAGCCUUAGAUUAUGCAAUCCUUAUCAUGAUAUUAUUGUUUGCAACUGGCCUACCCGACCAAUGUGAAUCUAGUGAGAGAGAGUUUAUUUUACUUAAAAUUAAAAACUGAUGGCCUCAAGUUUUGUUUUGUUAUGGCUUCCUUUCUAAUAAUAAGAGGAUUUUUCCUUUUUAAAAAAAAAUUGCUUUGGUAUGAGCUGGUUUGGUGAUUUUUAUUGUUGUAGUUGAACCACUAUGCAAAAACAAUGCUUGAAUAGAAAGAACAUUCCUGAUUCUGAUUAUCUCAAACCUGUAUUGUACAUGAUUCAAGAACACAGUGGAGUCCGCUUAAACUGAAAACUGUGGGACAGCCCGAUUUUCUUUGGUUAAGCUGGGUUUUCGGUUUAGAGAAGUUGCUCAAAUAGAAGAAAGAAAAAAUGUGGGAUUUUCUUUCCCUUCGGUUUACUGCUGUUUUUGUAUUAACCGUGUUUGGUCUAAGUGAACUCCAAUGUAUAAUGUAUAUAUUUACAUUUUAUACUCAUUCCCCUGUCAGUUGUUACGUGGUUUGUGACAUGUUUGCAUUUACUAAUCAUUUUCACAUGUUAAUAUUGACCCUGAAGUUGUUAUGUUUUUUUUCUUCCAAAAUGAGUAGAAUUUAGAAUUCAAUGCCCUUGAUUACAAAAAAGUGUGUCCAUAGUUGUGUGUAAUAAUGUGUGAUAAGAAGCAUCUUCCUAAGCUUGUCUUGUUGGGUUGGGGAAAACAUAAAAAUGUGAACAGUUUAAAAGCUAUAAAGACACACACAGUAUGUCCUUCUGUUUCCUGAGAUGGUAUACUUGUGUGGUAUAGGUGCAGUCUUUUCCCUAAAUCAGGCCUGUGAGAUGGGAGUAGCUCUGAUGUGUGUGGGUGAAUAAAGAGAAGGCUUUUUCUUGUCGUUAUCAGCCAAUGAAUUAAUGCAGCCUUGUCUAUCCCCCUACAUGCUGUGUCAGAAUAAAUUAUUACGUAUUAUGUGUAUAUACUGAAAAUAACAAACAAACCCAACCCCAAACCAUUGUCACUAUCGAGUGUGGGAUUUUUUUUUCAAGCAGCCAUGACAUCUCCCAUAACUUGAAAGGACAGUUGUCUCCUACUUUUCAACACUUCCUUAUUAUUAACCCCAUUGUUAUUAUUUUUGUUAUUUGGAAAGAAAAGUUUUGUUAUUAUUAAUUAUUACCAUGGUUAUUAUUGUGAUAAUUUUGUGGAUUAGAAUCCUUUUUACUCUGCAACCUCCGAUGCUUCCACUCCACACUUUGGUUUCCUUUGUUCCUUUACCGUCGUUUGUAGUUCACCAAUAUUCUGAAGAAAUUAACCCAAAAAAAGCACUUUCUUUGCCCCUGUGUGGUAGUAACAUAUUGUUGAUGUCCGCCUCUAACUGUGUAGCUGCCAGAUUAGGUCAAAGACCUUUCUCGAUCUCAAAUUAUGAUACUUACAAUUGGAAUACCAAUUUGUAAACAAAUGACAGUCCUUUAUCAAUGCUUGCCUGAGGAAGAUAAUGAAAAUCCAUGGCCUGGACAUCAUUAAAAAUGUAGUACUGCGGAAGUGAACCAAACAAUAGACAAUUGACUGUGAGAUAUAAAAAAAAAGGAGAUGGCAACGGACUAGACACCCACUCAAGAAGACAGCACACAAAGUGAUAAGACAAAGUCUGAGAUAAAACCGACGGGGGAGGAGAAAGAGAGGAAGGCCAAGAUCCACCUGGGAGUGAGAUCUAGAGGCGGAUAUGGGACACAGCUGGCUGGAGGUGGAGAAGAUUGCCCUGAUUAUAGACGGAUGGAAAGCUCCUUUUGGGGGCUUGUACGUAAUACUACGGGGAAAGAGACGAAUGAUAAUGAUACUAACUGGUGGUACAAUAAUAUGUAAAAAGAACACUUCACAAAAUUUGGAGCAAUUCCAGUAGAUACUACUAAAGGAAUUACAUUUUUUCCCCUCACUUUUCUGAAAGUCAGUGUUCACACAUUUCCAAGGUUAGAUGCAGACAUCGACAAUAUUAUAUAUAUAUAUAUGUGUUGCAUACACACAAAAUGCGCAAACCGUUGAUUAUGACAGAAAAUGUUUACAGUAAUUUAACCUCCCUUCUAUAAAUAGUGUCACCAAUAUUGUUUGACUUUGUUUAUAAGCUUGUAUUUACCAUCCACUCAACCAAUGUGUUAUGGUUGCCAUCUGCUACUGUUUCAAAGUUAACUGUUUUGUGAUUCAUAUUGUUUGAUUUUGCAUAAUUUCCUAUGACUGAUCAGUAUCUUCUUUGAGAACAUAUUAUUGGCGUUAAUGACUGUGAGAAACUAAUAAGUAUUGGGUUUUUUUCGCCUUCACAUCAUUAAAAAUAAUCCUACUUUUUCUGUCCCUUUCUCU